CACGAACGCGGUCUACCAGCUUGCGCCCCAGUCGACAGCAUCACUGACACACCUCUCCACAUCCAAAAUUCGAUUCAAACCAACCCACCUUUGCUCAAUCCACCACCCAGAAGCUUCAACCUCCUAAAAAUCACAAUGUCUUCAUUCCUCCUCCGCCGCGCACCUCGCGCCCUCCCCCUCAGCGCCCGCACCUUCUCAACAGCUCCCGCGCGCUCCUCCUUCGCAAAAAUGACCAUCAUCGGCCGUCUCGCAGACACGCCUGAGCGGCAAGCUACGAGCACGGGGCAGGAGAUCUUGCGGUAUGCGGUAGGCACGAACAGCGGACCGAGGGAUAACCAGAAGACGAGCUGGUUUAGGGUGACGAGCUUUUUGCCAGAGGGACCCCACAGAGAUUUUAUUGCUAGUUUAGAUAAGGGAACUCUGGUCUACGUCGAGGGCGAUGCCUCAAUGUCUUCAUACCAAGAUGCGGAGGGCAAGACCAGAACCUCUUUGAACUUAGUUCAGCAAAAACUCGAGGUCCUCUCGCCGAAGAAGCCUCAGCAAUAGAUGCUAUGUCCAUGCCACUAUUCAACCCCUGCACGAUAAAAGAAACCCGACUUCCCUUUGUUAGUGACGAAUGAAUAUUUGAGAGUUGGCGGCGUUAAUUACUGUACGAAUUGCACAAUACCUGUAAGAUCGAGGGGGGGCGGGGUCUACAUAUCAAAUACAUCUCUUCUCACUUAUGCUAUUUCUAUUCCAGUCCAUAAGUCACAAUCAAGAGCACAUCAUUUACAAGAAAGGGAUACGUUUCGCUACUGCACAAGGUAAAAGUUCGCAUUUUACCUCAACGCUAUCGACAACAGAGAACCAAAGCGCAGAGCUCGAUCAACCGAGACGGUAACAGUCUGCCUUCUACGCGGCCAGUUUCAUGCCAACAAAUUUCUUCGUACAACAUUGGGUGCGAUGCGAUUCUCAAUCUUUAAGACUUUGUUAGAUUUUAGGAGAAUAUACAAUGUGCAAUGUCCCG